CGUGCGUGCGCAUCUCGUUGGGGCGGGACUUCCGGCGUCGUCCUCGAAGCGGCCAUUUUUGCUGUUUUCGUGUGUAUUUUGGCUCCGGAGCGCUGGACCGUGACUGAGUGCAGUGUGACGCUUGAGGACAUUGCAGUGCACUUCUCCUGGGACGAAUGGAGACUCCUUGAUGAGACUCAGAGACGUCUGUACCUCGAUGUGAUGCUGGAGAACUUUGCACUUAUCUCCUCACUGGGUUGCUGCUGUGGACCAGGGGAUGCAGAGGCACCUUUUGAAUGGACAGUUUCUCUGGGAGGGUCACAGGCCAGGACUCCCAAGGCAGCUUUGUCUUCCCAGAAGACCUACCCCUGCAAGAUGUGUGGUCCAGUCUUGAGAGACAUUUUCCACUUGGCUGAGCACCAGGAAACACGACACAGCCAGAAACUGUUGAGGUGUUGGGCAUGUGUGAAACAGUUUGAUUUUAGUGCAGACUUUCAGCAGCACCAGGAGCAACACAUGGGAGAGAAAACCCUCAGAAGCAGCGUGGACAAGGCCUUGUUUGUGAAGAGCUGCAGAUUCCAUGUGUCACAGAAGCCAUUGACUUGGGGGACGAUUGAAAAGGACUUCCCCGCCAUCACGGGACAUCUACAGCAACAGGCCACUCAAAGUGUGGAGAAGCCAAACCCAAUCUCCCAGUGCGGGUCAACUUUACAAAGCCAGAAAAGUCAUCAUGCCUGGGGAGAGUGCAAGAAAACCCUCAGCCCCAAAGACACACUUGUUCAGGACCAGGGUGUCCACACCGAAAGACAGUGUUUUGUGUGUAGUGAAUGUGGGAAAGCAUUCAAGUACAAAUCCUCGUUUGUUGUGCACCAGAGAGUCCACCCUGCAAAAAGCCUUCAUGUGUGUGGUGAAUGUGGAAAAUCCUUUAGGCGAAGCUCAACCCUCAGUCAACAUCAAAAAAUUCACAAUGGGGCAAGGCAGUACAAGUGCAGCAAAUGUGGGAAAUCCUUAAAUCACAAAUCUGUGUUCAUUCAUCCCCACACAUGGCACAGUGGAGAAAACAGUUACGUGUGUAGUGAAUGUUCAAAAUCUUGUAGCCGUAGCUCAGUGUUCAUUCCACAUAGGAGAGUUCACACUGAAGAAAGGCCUUACAAGUGUAGCGACUGUGUGAAAUCUUUUACUUCUUUGUCCGCGCUCAGUUAUCAUCAGAGAUCUCAUACGGGAGAAAGACCUUAUGCAUGCAGUGACUGUGAGAAAUCUUUCAUCUCUAGCUCUGACCUCCGUUAUCAUCAGAGAGUUCAUUCUGGAGAAAGGCCUUAUGAAUGCAGUGACUGUGGGAAAUCUUUUAUCACUCGUACUGCUCUCCGUUAUCAUCACAGGGUUCACACUGGAGAGAGACCCUAUGGGUGUAACGAAUGUGGCAAGUCCUUUACCCGAAAAAACAACCUGAUUAUACACUUAAGAGUUCACUCAGGAGAACGGCCUUAUGAGUGCAGUGAAUGUGGGAAGUCUUUUACCUUUAGCUCCAGCCUUCGUUAUCAUCACAGAGUGCACACUGGAGAAAGACCUUAUGCGUGUGGUGAAUGUGGGAAAUCUUUUAACAACAGGUGGACACUCAUUCGGCACCAGAGAAUUCACACAGGAGAAAAGCCUUAUGUGUGCAAUAAAUGUGGGAAGUCUUUUUCCUGUAGCUCCACCCUCCAGUAUCAUGAGCGAGGUCAUCUUGGGGAAAGGCCUUAUGGGUGCAGUGAAUGUGGGAGAUCUUUUACCACUAGCUCUGCCCUCCGCUAUCAUCAGAGAAUUCAUACUGGAGAAAGGCCUUAUGAGUGCAGUGAAUGUGGGAAAUCUUUUAUUUCUAGGUCUGACCUCCAUUAUCAUCAGAGGGUUCAUUCUGGAGAAAGACCUUUUGAGUGUAGUGAAUGUGGGAAGUCCUUUAUUCGAAGAAAUAACCUCAUUUUACACCAGAGAGUUCAUACAGGAGAAAGGCCUUACAAGUGUAAUGAAUGUGGGAAAUCUUUUAACAAUAGGUGGACACUUAUUCAACACCAGAGAGUUCACACAGGAGAAAAGCCUUAUGUGUGUGGUGAGUGUGGGAAAUCUUUUACCUCUAGCUCUACCCUCUGUUAUCAUCAGAGAGUUCAUGCGGGAAAGAGACCGUAUGAGUGCAGUGACUGUGGGAAAUCUUUUACCUCUAGCUCUACCCUCCGUUACCAUCAGAGAGUUCACACAGGAGAACGGCCUUAUGAGUGCGGUGAAUGUGGGAAGUCUUUUACCUUUAGUGCCAGCCUCCGUUAUCAUCACAGAGUGCACACUGGAGAAAGACCUUAUGAGUGCAACGAAUGUGGGAAAUCCUUUAAGGAUAGAUCGCAAUUCAAUAAACACCGGAGAGCUCACACUGGGGAAAGGCCUUAUGAGUGUAGUGAAUGUGGGAAAUCAUUUAGCCAAAAAUCUUCCCUCUCAACACACCAGAGAAUUCACGAUAGAGAACGGUCUUAUGAGUGUAGUGCGUGUGGGAAAUCUUUUACCUCAAUCUCUGGACUUGGUUAUCAUCAAAGAGUUCACAGGGGAGAGAAACCUUACCAGUGCAAUGAAUGUGGGAAAUCUUUUACCAAUAGCUCUAUACUGAUUCGACACCAGAGAGUUCACACAGGGGAAAGGCCUUAUGUGUGCAAUGAGUGUGGGAAAUCUUUUACGAGUAGUGCCACCCUCUCUUACCAUCAAAGAGUUCAUGCAGGAAAAAGGCCUUAUGCGUGCAACAAAUGUGGGAAAUCUUUUACCUCCAGUUCCACCCUUCGUUAUCAUCAGAGAGUUCAUGCAGGAGAUAGGCCUUAUGAGUGCAGUGACUGUGGGAAAUCUUUUAUCUCUAGCUCCAAACUCCGUUACCACCAGAGAGUUCACACAGGAGAAAGGCCUUAUGUGUGCAGUGAAUGUGGGAAAUCCUUCAGGGAUAGUUCCCAAUUUAGUCAACACAGAAGAGGCCACACUGGAGAAAGGCCUUAUGAGUGUAGAGAAUGUGGGAAAUUUUUUAUGCGAAAGUCUACCCUUUCUCAACAUCAGAGGCUUCACACUAGAGAAAGGCCUUAGAUGUACAGGAAAUGUGCAGUUUUCUUGUUCAGUGUAAGGCUGCCAGAGGAACUGAGGAGCUGUCUGAAUUGAAUCUCAUCCAGGUGAGCAUGCAGAGUGGGGAGGUUCUUGGUAAGUUUAAGUUACAUGGGAAGCAUCUGUGGCUAUGUUACACUUUCUAACCCAUCCAUGGCUCUUCUCUGUGGUCAAGGCCAUUUCACCUCUACUGCUGCACAAUGUGCAUCAGUCACCAAGCCAUUGUGCUCAGGGAAGCUGACCUCUGUUAUCCUGUGUAUUGGUCAAAUUAGGAGUCACUUGAGUCCUUAUGGUGUCAUCUUUCACUCGUCCUUGACUACCUUGGACAUGGACAUGGGUCAGUGUUUUCCCAGGGGAUGUCCUAAGUUCAGCUGACAGUUUGCAGAGAGUGACUACCUUUUCCAGGGAUGUGUUGGUCUCAUGUGACACUAAUAAUGAGCGUUUCUGGUAAUGAACUGGAGAAUUGCCUGCUGCAGAUUUCUUUGGCUUGUACAAUAAUCAAGGCCUUACAAAUGCUUUAAGUCCUCUUUAAUCUUGGAUGUUAUUUACUCUGCAGGUAGUUUAUAGACAGAUUUGUGCUGUACAAGCGUAAAGGGGAGAAAAAAUUUAGGGGAUCUCAAAAAACUUCUACAUCUGAGGAGGGACAGUAUGAUGGCAGUGACUUGCCAGUUUUGACCACAUUUGCCUUGCUGCCCAUAGCUGCCUAGGGAAGACAGCAGGGAUUUCUGGUCCCUACUUGAGGCCUGGAAGCUUUGCAUCUUAGGAAUCUCAGAGUUGACUGUGAGACACGAGCAGCUGUGAGAACCUCUAAGUGCUUCUAAGAGCAGCAUGAGUUUUUUUCUUUACUCAAAGGAAAGAUCACAGAAUAUUCCAGCACUGUUAAGGAUGUGCUCCCUAGGUCUACAGAGAGCUGUAUUUCCUGAUGUCCAUCACUGGGCUAGGGUCACUGGUUGUAAGACCAUUCGGUCCAGGGGAAGCCCUAACUGGUAUGGAAUCACUGGCUUAGUAACGAGAGGAGGAGACUGCAGCCAACAAGUGGAAUGCUCCUUUUCUAAAAGUACGUGCACAAAUGUCUGUGCGUAGAUGACUGUGCAGAUCAGUCUGUAUGCAAGUCUCAGUACCUCCUGGCAUGUUUAUCUUGUGUAGCUAAAGCCAUCAGAGAAAAUAAAAAUAAUUAAAAGGCUUUGUGGAUUCCUGUAGCCUCUCUGUAAUGUUCGCCUCAAGGCCUUAACUACACAGGCAGGAAGAAAGAUAGGGAGAAGGGGUUCUGUAGUCCACGGAUGUGGCUCUUGUGACCCAGACGGCAUUCCUUUGACUUCUGGUAAAAAUGCUCCUUAUUGCUCACUGUAUUUGCUGCCACUGAGGCAAAACUGACCCCUCUGUGCCCCAAGGCAUAAGGAGAGAGAUGGUGGAGUCAGUACAGGGUUGCCAAACCUAUUUUCCAAAAAGAAUGGGGUGUACAGAUCUUUAAGUCUUGAACUAUGUUUUUUAAAGCUUUACUAAGGUAGAAUUUACAUGUGCUAAACUGAAUAUAUUUAAAGUGUACAAUUUGAUAAGUUAACAGAGGUAAGAACCUCUGAAACCAUCAUCGUAGUCCUAAUAGUGACCAUGUCUGUCACGGUACAUUUACCUCAUGUCCUAUUACAAUCUCCUUGCCUUUCUCACGUCUCCAAGUAACCAUUGAUUUACUUUCCCUUGUAAUAGAUACCUUGCAUUUUCUUGAAUUUAUAUGAUUGGAAUCAUACACUGUUCACUGUAUUUUUUUCAGUUUUCUUUUAUCAUAAUUACUUUGAGAUUCACCAAUGAUAUAUAAAUACUACUUUUUUUGGCUGAGUAAUGUUUUUGAAUAUGCUAUGAUUAGUUUAUUCAUUCAGUUUUAUAGGCAUUUGUCUUGUUUCUAGACUUUGACUACUGAAAAUAAAGCUGGUAUAAGCAUUGUUUUAGUUCUUUAUAUGAAUAUAUAUUUCUUUUAUCUUUUGUCAAUGUAAUAAUGUAUGAGUCACAAAUAUUUUACUUUUGAAGACACUAACAUUGUGAUCUAAAAUGAUUAUACCUUUUGCAUCUUACCAGUAAUGUAUGAGAGUUCCAUUUCUUCCACAUUCUACUGAAUAUUUGGUUUAUCAGUUGUUUUAAUUUUAGCUUUUUAAUUGAGGUUUUAGAGUUAUGUCACUUUUUGUUUUAAUUGAAUUUCUUUUUUUAACUUUUUUAUUGAUUUAUAAUAAUUGAAUUUCUAUAAGGAUUCUUGAUGAGUAUUUUUUCAGAUGUUCAUUUGCUAUCUGUGUUAUCUUCAUUGAAAUGUCAGCUCAUCUUUUUCUUAUUAUUUAUUGGCCUUUGCCUGUUUUCCUUUAACAAAUAGGACAGUGAAACAACAAAGAUGUAUGUUGGAAUUUCACUUAUUUUUUAAUAAUGUGAGUGGCUUUGCUUUAUGGAAUAACUUUUUAAUACUGACAGAAUUUUCUAACUUAAGGAAAAAUGUUGGUGCUACUCACAAUGGAAUGGAUGCUUCUACCAUACCCUUUUAAAAUUUAAUCUCCAUUGUUGAUGUAUUCUCCAUCACAUUCUUAAGUUCCAUCAUUGAGGAAAACAAUAAAGCCUUGCUUUGUAGUGGUUACGCAUUUUCCCAGUUUAUCACCAUGGAAAUUGGUGGGUUGGAGCAGAUGAGGACAAGAUUUUAUCAGGAUGGAUUGGGCUUUACUCUGAGUCCCAAAGCCUGGCUAGGAGGGAAUGAAGAGGUCAGUGGUAAGACUCCACAAGUCCUUGUCCGGGCUGCCUGGGGUUAAGUUCUGGAUCCAUGACCAGUGCAAGGACCUUCCUCACCAGGUCUGUUUCCUCCUGUGUAAGUAGGGAGUGGGGGUUAGGAACUGCCCUGCCCGCUGGUUCACUGGAAGAUGUGAAGAGCUGAGGUGUCCACUCCUCUGUGGCUCUUACUGCGAGUGACAUCCUGGGGCCAGGAAUCUUUAGCUCCCACAGAUGUCCCCAGACCCUAGGACCCCCAGGUGCAUGUCAGAAGUAAAUGGGGCUUCUCACAACCCCCUGAUUUGGGUCAGUUCCCAUGGACCUGUCUGUAGGGAGGAGGGAGCUGCAGGGUCCUGAGCGCUUGGUGUGGAUUCCCUGCUGAGAAAUACCUGGGCAACUUGCUAGAGCUUCUUGAGCCUCAGCUUGCUGACUGUGGUUGCAGAGGUGUUCACUUCGCCCCCUGGGAGGAUCAAUGAAAGUAACAAAACACUGAACACUUACUUACACCAGAAUUCCAGGGUUUAUAUUUGAGCUUGUAUGUGACCUACUUAUUUAAACUUUUAAAAUGUGAAAUAUUUCCAUAACUUUUCCUUUUCACAAUUGUCUUAUUUUACUUAACUAUAAUUUAUUGGUAUUUUUAUUGUAUUAGUAAUAUCCUAGUUUUGUUAAGUUUUAUGGGGUGCCAUGUAUUAAUAUAAAUGCCAUGUAAAUAUACUACAAAAUUUUACUCAAUCCAUAUUGUGUAUGAUGUUACAGCUUAUUUUCUCAUUAAUCCACUUAACUCUGUAAACAAGAACACACUCAUCAAUUGGUGGAUUAUCACAAAAACAUUUUGAUUCUUUUACCUCUGUUUGCCAGAACUGCUGAAUUCUCUUCAGACCCUCUGUAAACAAAUGUGAUUUAUUAUGCUGGAAUGCAAAAUAACUAGCUCUAUUAGAGUAUGUUAUUCCACAAACCAGAUUAUUUUUUCAUAUAGUUAAUUUUUUUAGUUCUUUAGUAGUCUUCCCCCCUCCCCAAUUCAGUGCAAGUUUUAGUUAAGAAUAAGUUGUUUAUUUAAUAUGAUGUAAACAAUAGACAACUACUUGGAAAGACAAAAAGCAUUCUUAUUUCAAUGAAUAUUUAUUUGAAUGCACUAGAAAAGUUCCAAAUAAGUUUAAAAAAAAUCCAAGUCAGUGAAAUGUGGCUGAUAAAAGUAUAACUGGUGAAGUAAUAAAUAUUGGUAGCUUUCAUAAAAAUAGCCUGUUACAAAAUAUUGCCCAAUAUUUUAUGGUUUGCAUGGAUAUGGAAAAAAUAUAAUUCUUUUUUACAUUAUA